AUGCAGGCUUAAACAGAGUAUUUCAAUUAAGGAGGCUAUACUGAUACUGUCAAAAAGAUCUAUAGAUAGGAGGGAUUCAUUGGUUUUUAUAGAGGGUGGAUUCCUCCAGUAAUCGGAUCGAUUGUUUAUAGGAGUUCUUAAUUUGCUAUUGUAGAUUAUACUAAGGGAUACUUUAAAGACAAUUAAUUUAUGACAACUAAGAUUCCAUUCACUGCUGGCUUAGAGCCAAGAGUUAUAUUAGGGGGGUUUAAUGCUGGAUUAGUAAGAUCAGUACUAGAAUGUCCUUUUGAGUACGCAAAGAUUAAAAGAUAAACUGGCUAGGCAUGGGAAUUUAAGAGUAUUUACAAAGGAUUUCAAGUAGUCUGUAUGAAGAAUGCUGGACUGAUUUCAACAUAUUUUGUUGUUUUGGAUUCUUUCUAGAGAAAUACUAAGUUAUUUGAAACUAAAAUUGGUCAAUUCAUAGUGAGUGGAACUGCAGCAUGCACUGCUUUCUGGCUGAUUUAUCCUCUUGAUUUCUUAAAAAGCUAAAUCCAAUCUGAAGCUAAAGGUUUAGGUAACUCGAUGAGGGAAAGAGCACAAUAUGCGAGAUAAAAGCAUGGAUUCUUUGGUGUAUAUAGAGGUAUAUUAGCUGGUUCACAAUGCAUAUUCUUUAGAAAUGGAGUUGCUAUGCUAGUCAUGUAAUAAGCUUUAAAGAUUUUAAAAGAUAUGGGGUUUACAGAUUGA